AUGGAGAUCGCGGUCAGCACGACGCAGCUUGUCGGGGCCGCGGUGGGGAUCAUAGGCAAGAUCAAGCGGGUGGUGGAGACGGCGCGCCAGAACAAGGUGGAGUACGACCACCUCAGGGACCGCCUGCCCACGAUCGGCCACGUGCUGCAUGGCCUGCCGCCGGACCCGGAGUUGGAGCGGCCGCUGGCCGAGCUGAUCGACAUGCUGCAACAGGCAUACGACCUCAUCGUCGCUUUCCAGAAGCGGAGCACCGCCAAGCAAUUCUUCCGGGCAAGCAUCCACGCCGAUAGGUUAAGGUCAGUCAACGCCAGGAUCGACUCCCACCUCAGCCUCUUCCCCUUGAUCAGCUACGCCGCCAUCGCCCGCCGCCUCAAUGAACCAGGCUGCUCCUGUCCCGGAUCCCCGGCUCCGCGGAAGGUGGAGCAGGAGGACGUGUUCGUGGCGGAGCUCCUCGAGAUAUUUCCUGCCAUCCACACCGGCGAGGUGCCGAUCUGCUCCUCUGCUGGCUCCCAGCCGAACGUAGAGGACGCGUUUGCAGCGCAGUGCAAGAUCCUAGGAAUCUUUCCUCCCGAAGACACCGGCGAGGUGCCGGGCUGCUACUCGGCUGCCUCCCUCCACGACGUGGAGGAGGCGUUCAUGGAGGAGCACAAGAUCCUCGAAAUGUUUUCUCCGGAGCACACUAGCGACGGCGAGAUGCCGGGCUGCUCCUCUGCCGGUUCCCUGCAAGACGUGGACGACGCGUUCGUGGCAGAGCGUAAGAUCCUCGUCUACGAGCAGGGGCAUAUGAGCAACGCCACGCUGAGAGACCACCUGGUGCACGGUGUCUCCAGCUCGUCGCCGGUGACGGUGUCCUGGAGGACCCGCGUGGAGGUGCUGCUGGGCGUAUCCCGGGCCAUAGAGCACUUGCACCGCUGCGCGAUCAUCCACGGCAACGUGAGCUCGUCCAACAUCCACCUCGACACCAACUGGAUGCCGCGCCUAUCUGGCUUCGUCAGCGUACAGGUCUUGCAGGCGGACCAGCUCGUUGCGGAGGUCGUCGGCACUCCCGGGUACAUCGACCCGGAGUACCGGUGCACGGGGCGCAUGAACCUGGCCAGCGACGUGUACAGCUUCGGUGUUGUCAUUUUGGAGGCGCUGACCGGGAGGCCGCCGGUCAGCAGCGGCCGGGUGAAGGGCGAGGACGUCGUGACCCUGGUGGACUCCACGCUCCCGGUCAUUCGAGACGGUAAUCUGCACGAUAUGCUAGACGGCCGCCCGGUGUUGCAGUUGCAGCCCAUGCUGCGACAGUUGGAGGCGCUCGAGCUCGUGACACACACGGCGAGGCUCUGCCUGUGGCCGCACGGCAAGGACCGGCCAGCCAUGUCAAACGUGGUGGCCAACCUGGAGAAGGCACUCGGGAUCAUACGCAAUAAUGAGCCUAUGAAACAAUUGUGA